AUGGGAGAAUUUCCUUGGAAGCAGUUUUGGAAACAGAUUAAAAUUCUGCCAAAGAUCCAGAAUUUUGUAUGGAAAGUGCUCCAAGACGGAAUUGCAGUUUAUGAAAAUCUCAGAAAAUACAAUCCCAGUGUUCAAAUUACUUGUCCUAUGUGUGGAACAACUGAGGAGUCGGUUCUACAUCUUUUCUUCAACUGUCAGUUUGCUCUGGAAGUCUAUCAUGCUAGUACGAUAUUGAUUGAAACUCAGGGAAAUUCUGUAAUGGAUAUAAUUAGUCAUUGGCUGGAGUACCCUGAUCAAGGAAUCAUGCUGAAUUUAGGUGGUUGCUUAUUAUGGAAUAUCUGGAAGACAAAGAACGAUUUGGUUUUUAGCAAUAUUCAGAUUGCAUUUGGUCCCUGUAUCCGCAAAUCUCUGGAGGAUGCUCUGAAUUUCUGCUCGGAGAUACAGGUUAAUCAAUUCGAUACUGCAGUUUGGGAACUUCCACCUUCAACGUUUGUGAAGAUUAAUGUGGAUGCAGCUUACAGUGAUGGUAAAGGUGCAGUGGCAGCAGUACGGUGGAUUCUUUUGGUAAUUAUCUGGGAUGUGGAGCAUUAUGUUUUGAUACAUUCUCUGCAACAGUGGCAGAAGUGA